AUGGGCGAAGCACGGUGCAUUGUGCGGAGCAGCAUCAACAUUGACGAGACCUUCCAGGUGCCGCACAUUGUGCGCCCUGGCGAGACGAUCUCCUCCUCGGGCAUGUGGUCGCGCCCGGGCGGCAAGGGCGCCAACGUCGCGGCGACGCUCGGCCUCGCCGGCGCCAAGGUCACGAUGCUCGGGGCGGUCGGCGAGGAGGCCACCUGGCCGCUCGACCACCUCGCCAAGCACGGCGUCGAGGUCAAGAGCGUGCACCGCUGCAAGGAGACGCCGACCGGGCGUGCCUUUAUCCAGAUCUCGUCCGAGGACGGCGAGAACUCGAUCGUGCUCCUGAAAGGCGCCAACUUUGAGCAGGCGCCUGAACUCGACGACCCCGAGGCGUGGCUCAAGGACGCGACGCACGUCAUGCUCCAGAACGAGAUCCCGCUGGACGUGACGAGCGCCUACGCCAAGCACGCCGAGCAGCACAAGACGGCCAAGGACGGGAAGCGGGUAUGCACCGUCUUUAACCCCUCGCCGAUGCUGUCCAAGGAGGAGCUGCAGGCUUUCCCAUGGGGCGGCAUCGAUGUCCUGAUCGUCAACGAGGGCGAGGCCGCCGACCUGCUCGAGGCGAUCGGUGGCGAGAAGAGUGCGUCGCCGGUCAAGGGCCUCGCGGCGCUCCCUGCGCUGUCUUCGGUCGAGUGGCUCGUCGUGACGCAGGGCGCCCGCGGCUUUCUCGCCGGCGUCCAGGUCGGCGAUGAGCGCGCGUACAUCGACCUCCCGGCGUCGCGCCCGGAAAAGGUGGUGAACACGACCGGAGCGGGCGACACGUUUGCGGGCUAUCUCGUGGCGGGCCUGAUGGAGGCCCACAAUGCCAAAGAGGCCACUACGAAAGAGAGCGCCGAGCGCAUCCUCAAGCGCGCCGGCGUCGCCGCGUCGAUGGCCGUCGAGGUCGACGGCGCGAUGGAGAGCAUCCCCGACCUCGCCGCCGUCCAGGCCCGUGCGGAGCGCCUCUAG